CGACGGCGCUAAAGUCCAUCUCAACAUCACGAUGCUUUGACCGUUUCAGUCUACUAAUAGGUUGUCACUAGAUACACACAUGAUGUUUCCUCUACAUUACAGUGUAGAAUUCCUUUAGGCACAAUGCCUUUGAUAGCCCAUAUUGUCCUUAUCAACCGUCCUAUUCUUAGUAGCCUAUAGCCUUCUCUGCUCCUGUUUACCUUGCCUUCACUGGCAGAUAUAGACUACAGACCCAUACCUGCAUGUCGCUGUUUGCGGACAUCGGGCUUGAACCUUGUCAUCGGAUAUGAUGAUUGCCACAGAAGAGAUAUGGCGAGCCACAUCACAUUUCCUGGGCUGGUUCUACUUUCUCUGCUGGUCAUUCUCCUUCUACCCACAAGCCAUCAAGAACUUUCGUAGAAAUUCGACGGUAGGCCUAGCCGUCGAUUUUCCCUUCUCAAACAUCUUAGGCUUCACUGCAUAUUCGGUUUCGACCGCCGUCUUCCUCUAUUCGCCUACGAUCCGCUCGCAAUAUGCGUUUCGACAUCCGAUUUCCCAAGUGCCAAGUGUACGAUUUAAUGAUUUUGCGUUUGCGCUGCACGGAGCCAUCUUGUCAAUCAUCACUUACUCGCAGUUCUUCCCGCUCAUCUGGGGUUUCCAGGUUGGCCGGAACCAGAGGUCCAGUUGGGUAUUUCGGGGGAUUGUAACUGGAUCUAUUGCAGGUGUCUUUGGGGUCAUUUUGAUUGUGUUGAUAUUAUCGAAGGACGGCGGCAAUGACCCGUUGGGAUGGGCUUGGAUUGAUGUGAUCUACGCAGUCGGAUUUGUGAAGGUACUUGUAACGGUGGUAAAGUACUGUCCACAGGUAUGGGUCAAUUACCAGCGAAAAUCCACCGUCGGUUGGAGCAUGGGUCAGAUACUCCUUGAUUUCGCCGGAGGCAUCACAUCGAUUCUACAGAUGGUUGUCGACUCAUCUCUUGACGCCGACUGGUCUGGGAUUACGGGAAAUCCGGUCAAGUUUGCUCUAGGGAACGUUUCGAUGAUUUUCGACAUCAUCUUCAUCGUGCAGCAUUACAUAUUAUAUCCAUCUCGGACUGAGAAAGACUUGGCCGAUGAAGACGAUAGUGAAGCAGGAGAAAGAGAACCUCUUUUGAAUGCAUGAGUUCUAGAACAGCACUAGAUAUCCUUAUACAUUUAUACACUUACCCAUAUGUAAUCGAGUCUUCCAAGUUCCAGCACUAUACAGAACCAAGGAC